CCGAUUUACUAUAUCUGUUUAUAUCAUUGUCUUUGCGGCCCGUACGUACCCAUCGGCCCGCCAUCCCACGUCAUUCAACAUCCUCAGUCUCCUCACCCUCUCUCUCCGGCAACAUCAAACCACCCCUUUUAUACACAACAAGAAACUCUCUCACCUCCCCUGCUCUCCCACCAUCACCAGCAACAAUGAAGACUUCACUAUCAUUGUUCCUACUUCUCACCCUCUCAUUCUCUCUCCUCUUUUCUCACUCUCUCUCCUUCCAAUCCGACGAACUUCUUCUCGACGACGAUGAAUUCGAAGGACUUUCAAAGCAACAAUCAUCUGACAUCCCACGAUCCUCCACCCCUUCUCCUCCUACCACCGCUGCUAUACCCACCACUACACGGCGGAGAUCGUCGGAUUCUGAUAUUGAUUCUAAGCUUCAAUUCAAUGUUGAACAUGCUUUCGGAGAUUCCCAAUUCUCCCAUGCUGGAACUUUCUCUGCUCGUCUUAAAUCCUGGUCUCAUGGUGGUCAGACUCUAACCAAAUUGCGGUUUUCGAGGAAUACCUUGACAAGCUCAGAACAGGAGAAAUUCAAGGAGCUGUUGCAAACAGAUGAUUUCUAUAAAAUAAGACUUCCAUCCAACGUCUUGAGUCCUCCAGGAAGGAAUUAUACUGUUUCAGCUGUAAAGGCGAGAUGUCUUGCUAGAGAGGCUUUGGAUGAACACUUUGUCAUACACAUGGAAGGAGUGAACAUAUUGGCUGUCAACUAUGGUUCUUUUGGGGCAUGCCCAUAUCCUCGGCAGCUAAAAUUUCCUUCCAAAUGGUCUUUCAACUCACAUUCAGUGUUGAAAUACAGCGAACUGGCUCCAAGAACUCCUGUUUUUGUUGAAGAGACUCCGGAGGAGACUGCAGAGGCUGAAGCAAUGAAUCAACCAGAGAAAUCCUUUUGGGCAAAAUAUUGGAUGUAUUUGAUCCCUCUAGGGCUGAUGAUUAUGAAUGGUAUGACACAAGCUUUGAACGUGCCAGAGGAGGCCACUGGCCAAGCAGGAGGGGGGCAACAACCAGGAAGGCUUCCAAAUGCAGCUGUACGAAGAAGAUAGUCUAUUAUUGGAAGCUACUGAUUACUUGAGCUGUAAUGGGCUUAUGUGGUGCAACUAAUCAUUAACCAAGUUCCUUGAAGAAAUCAGGAGGCUUUUGUCAAAGACCCUCAAGUUUUGUUGGAAAGCAUAUAGUCGAUAUAGACAUAUUUAUGUCAUUGGAAGUGUCUGGUUUCCGAGUCGCAUAAAAAAUUUGAUUACUAUGUAACUAUGUGCAUUUAGCCUUAGGAAGGAGGUCGAUAUGGCUCAAAUUCUAUAUGAUGAUUAUGUUUUGGUUGUGACUUUAGGUUCCAUUUUAGCACUUGGCCUUUGUAACUUGGACCAAAUUUGACUUGCUACUUCAUAAUUGUUUAGUCAAUGAAUUUUGUUUGCUCAUUCCAAGUCUA